GGCCGGUGCGGCCCGCUCUCUCUCGCGCUUCCGAGGCUGCCUGGCGGGCGCGCUUCUGGGAGACUGCGUGGGCGCUGUUUACGAGGCCCACGAUACCGUCAGCCUGACGUCAGUCCUGCGUCACGUGCAGAGCCUGGAGCCGGACCCGGGCACGCCGGGCAGCGCGCGGACAGAAACCUUGUACUAUACAGAUGACACCGCCAUGGCCAGGGCCCUGGUGCAGUCCCUACUGGCCAAGGAGGCCUUCGACGAGGUGGACAUGGCUCACAGGUUUGCCCAAGAAUACAAGAAGGACCCUGACAGAGGGUAUGGGGCUGGAGUCAUCACUGUCUUCAAGAAGCUCCUGAACCCCAAGUGCCGUGAUGUCUAUGAGCCUGCCCGGGCCCAGUUCAAUGGAAAGGGCUCCUAUGGUAAUGGAGGUGCCAUGCGGGUGGCAGGCAUUCCACUGGCCUACAGCAGUAUCGAAGAUGUACAGAAGUUUGCCCGGCUCUCAGCCCAGCUGACCCAUGCCUCCUCCCUGGGUUACAACGGUGCCAUCCUGCAGGCCCUGGCUGUGCACCUAGCUCUGCAGGGUGUGACAUCCAGUGAGCACUUCCUCGAGCAGCUUCUGGGCCACAUGGAGGAGCUGGAAGGUGAUGCCCAGUCGGUCCUGGAUGCCAAGGAGUUGGGUAUGGAGGAGCGUCCUUACUCCAGCAGGCUGAAGAAGGUUGGAGAGUUGCUGGACCAGGACGUGGUGAGCCGAGAGGAAGUGGUGUCUGAGCUAGGGAAUGGCAUUGCUGCCUUUGAAUCUGUGCCCACCGCCAUCUACUGCUUCCUGCGCUGCAUGGAGCCUGAUCCUGAGAUCCCCUCCACCUUCAACAGCCUCCAGAGGACACUCAUCUACUCCAUCUCACUUGGUGGUGACACAGACACCAUAGCCACCAUGGCUGGGGCCAUUGCUGGAGCUUACUAUGGGAUGGAGCAGGUGCCAGAGAGCUGGCAGCAAAGCUGUGAAGGCUAUGAGGAGACAGACGUCCUGGCCCAGAGCCUGCAUCGGGUCUUCCAAGAGACUCUGUGAGGACCACAACCUCAGCGGCCUUGUCAGGCCCGUCAGGACCAAGGACAACUCAGGUUGCAACCAGAGUCCCCUUAAGCUGGCUCUGCUGACAGCGUUCCUAAAGGCAGACUGAGGGUGCGCUUGGGGCUGGAGUCUGUGGAACAGUGAGGAACUGGUGCCUUCUUGAAGCUGAAGGGGUAUUUGUGGCAUUCUUUUCCAUCUAGGACAUGGGACUUGAGAAGGUGGCCAUGACCUGCGGGUACAUCAUAUCUCCCUGUUGAGUUUUAACCACUGUGACAGGACAGAGCCAGCAGGUUAUGUGGCUCUUGAGACUGGUGUCUGCAUCCAGCCCAUCCAUUGCCAACCUGGCCUGGCCCCUCUCCUUGACAGCCUCUAGUGGGAUUCACAGCAAUAAACGGUUUUUUGUAAAUCUCA